AUAUGAAGACUGGUGCAAUUUGCCUUGAUGACUCUUUGCCCUCUAUUAAGAGGUCCUUUUACAAUCAAGAAACAGUUGGAUUUGUAGAAUACCUCUACGAUACGUGAAUUAUAGGGGAUCAGGAAGUGUCUAUCCUCAAGGACCAUUUACAUUUAAUUAACCAAGACGAUCAAUCUAGACAGCAAGAUCCUUAUGACAGCAAGAGGCAAGAGGUGCUUGUACCUGCAAUUGCAACCUAUUUGUCCCAACUCCAGUUUGAUAAGUAUCUUGAGAUAUCCUCCAGACUGUAUCAUAAAUGGAUGAAGAAUUCAAUUGAUCCUUCACAUGAAGAGCUUGAAGAAAACAGGAGGAAACAACAUUACGAAGAGAAAGUAUCCACCGGCAUAACCCAUUCAGCUGACAGAAACGCACAGCAGAGAGUAGAGUCUACCGAUCUUGAAGAAAAGCACUCUGAUAGUUGAGAUAAACCCGAGGAUGACCCCUCCCAGAAUUUAAUGGCUAAAUUCCAACAAGAGCUUGAUCUAUCAUCUAGCUCACAACCAGAAAGUCUAGCUGAAAAUCAAAUACAAGGUCAACCAAGCCUAAUUUGAAAUUCUCCUCAAAAGCCCAUGCACAUCAGCAAUUAUACAAAAUCAAUCGCUAAAGAAGACUCCUCUAGCACAAUAAAAUCUCCAAAAGAAGACUCAGAGAGUUCAGAAUACAGAAAGUUAAUGAAGAAAGCCAAAUUUAAUACCUCUAAACAGAAGAAGACCAAACCUUUCACUAUGAAGAACACUUCGAAACCUCGGCAGAUUUAUAGUGAGCUCAACUCAGUUAAAGCUAGAAAGAAGAAGAUCGUCAUGAAGAAGAAAACUAAGCAUAGUAGUGUAGGAAAUGAAGAGUGAACUUUUGAACCAAAGCUUAAUAAAAACUCUCUUUCGAUGGCAAAAAGAUCUGUAGUUAGCUCAAGAGUACAGAAACAUUGGAAGCAUAAAACACCUGUGUCUCAUAAGCUAUCAAAAGAGCUUGAAGAUUUGAAAGAAUGCUCUUUUAGCCCAAAUUUGUCACAAACAAGGAGUGCUUACCAAACACCAAAUAGUGUCAUACCCCAUUUUGAGAAAUUAUAUUCAAAACAUAAAGCGAAGAUCAUUAAAUUAGAAUCUCGAUCACGACAAAAGAAAGAAAAUGAGUUAGUUCACUGCACUUUCGUUCCAAAGGUUAAUAACACAUAUACAAAUAAUAUUAAAUACUCAAAAAGUGCAUCUAGAGAAAGACAGAAUGCUUAUAAAGGCCAAUCUGCUAAGAAUAGUCACAAAUAAUUUAUUCGAUGAGGAUGCACUUACUGUGCACAACAAGCUAUAUCAAGAAGCACAGAUCGCUAAGAAACGAAGACAGAAUGAGCUUAUUAAAAACAAAAAGGCUACAGAAAACUGUACCUUUCAACCAGAGAAAAAAUCUGGGCUCGAGUUCCAGUACUCUGACGAGUUUAGACAGCCUCAUCUACGCCUCUAUAAUAACUAUUUUGAAGUUCAAGAGAAACUAUUAUGAGCGAAAGAGGAUCGAAACAGAGAGUUACGAUCAAUGAGCGAAACUAGAGCUCAUCCUAACAUAAACGUCUCGAUCACGAACAAUUUCAUAAACUCAUCAGUAAAUUACAGUUCGAGAGGGAGAUCCAGUAAGAAUAUUCAUUCCAAAUUAUACGAGAUGAGCAAGUCCAAAGACAGACACAGGAAGUCUCUAGAGACAAGAGUUAACCAAGAAACUGGAGUUAGCUUCACACCCAGGAUAAACAAGUCAAAGCCAAGUUAUAGAUGUAAAUAUAAAAAUAGUCUUGCGACUAUUAAAUCAGAAGGAGAAUUGUGAAAGAAGAAGAAAUUUAAUUUCAGACCGAAAAUUAAUAAAAAAUCCAAGAAACUUGCUAACAAGCACAGGAAUAAGAGAAAUAUUCCACGUCCUAAGCGACAGAAUCCUAAAUAGAAAUGAUUCUGAUUGCUCAGAGAGGUUAUUUCAAGAACACAAAGUCCUAGAACAAAAAAGGGAACUUCUUGCGCAUAAGAUUCAAAAAGAAGAAGAUAGGGAUUGCACCUUUGUUCCGCAAAUUAGUGCAAUUUCAGCAGCAGUGAUGGAGAAUAAAAAUUUACAAGACGACUGGAAUAGAAUAACAUUUGGAGAUAUUUCUAAAUAA